GACAAGCUCUGUCAUAGAGGUCCCAAGGUGACCAGGAAGCAGUAGCCGUCGGUUGCUAACUGGUUGUCGUCGGCUGCUGGUUAAGAGGACGCAGUGUUCCCCCCCCUUUAAACCAGGCAGCCGACUCAUCGUUAUCGGUUCACAUUUCAAGGUUGUGUUGCUGUAACCGCGAUGGCUGCCAAAGACGAUGCGCUUGUCAGAGGUGAAGCUGACGGCCGGAGUACGAGUGACGGUACGGCCGACGGUGCUGCCGCCUUGAAGUCGGAGAUGAAGGGCUCGCCCAUGGACAGCGGCGAGGAUUUCGAUAUGCUGGACAGCGUGGACGAUGAAGACGAAGACCCUCCACCCCUGGAGGACGCUGGCGGUGGGAAGGAGGAGAUGAAAGACGAAGGGGCGAGGGAGGCAGACGGGAAGUCAAGUGAUGUGACCGACGCUUCACCUGCUCAGGCCGAGGAGUGGCUGGAUGUGCUGGGAAAUGGACACUUGAAGAAAAAAGUUCUGGAAGCAGGCAAUGGACCAGAUAGCAAGCCGCAGAAGGGACAGAAUGUCAAACUUUUCUUUAAAAUGUCGCUAAGUGAUGGUACCGUUGUGGAGGAAGAACCUUGCUUGUCUUUCACUCUUGGAGAUGGUGAUGUCAUCCAGGCCCUGGAUCUCUCAGUAUUGCUGAUGGAGAUGAAUGAAAAAGCCAUAGUCCAUACUGAUGCCAAGUAUGCUUAUGGAGGUCUGGGAAGCACUGCCCCGGCUGUUCCUCCUGAAUCUCCACUGGUCCUGGAGCUGCAGCUCCUCGAGGCCACCGAUGCCCCCGACCUCGAACUUCUGUCCCCGCAGGACAAGAUACGCCUGGCUGGGCAGAAACGCGAACGCGGGAACAUGUACUACCAGCGCGGAGACUAUACCUUUGCUGUGAACUCUUAUGGAAUUGCACUGCAGUUCACUGAGUCCAGCUCCAAAGUUGAUGUCAGUCCAGAAGAAGAGGAGGAGCUUCUUGACAUGAAGGUGAAAUGUCUGAAUAACAUUGCUGCUGCUCAGCUGAAGCUGGACCACUAUGAAGCAGCCUUGCGCUCCUGUGUCUCGGUCCUCGCUCACCAACCAGACAACAUCAAAGCCCUCUUCCGUAAGGGAAAGGUUUUGGCCCUGCAAGGUGAGUAUGCUGAAGCUAUCAAAAUAUUGAAGAGGGCUCUGAAAUUGGAACCGAGCAAUAAGACCAUACACGCAGAGCUCUCUAAGCUGGUGAAGAAGCACUCGGAACAGAGGGACAUCGAGCAGGCCAUGUACAAGAAAAUGCUUGGAAACCCCUCAAGUACCCUGCAGAAACACAAGGCCAAGUCUUCAUGGAGUUUCAGCUGGAAGUGGCUGUUUGGUGCCACCGCUGUUGCCAUUGGAGGAGUGGCGCUAUCAGUAGUUAUUGCUGCUAGAAACUAAAUGGGACCAAGGUCACGCGAACAUGCUUAGUACCUACUGCUGCACAGAGCAGAAGAUGGACCGCUGGCAUGUUAUUUUCAGGCAUCUUCUCAAUUAAAUUGAUACAGUUGGAGGUAAAAUGCAUUCUUUUCUCUCACGGGCCAUGCUUGGAAAACACUGUUAUGCUAUGGAUGGGAAACGUGACAUGGAGUGAUUUUAGAAAUGCACUGAUUUUGAUCUAUUGAGAGAAACACUAUUCAUGAUACUUUCAUCUUUUACACGAAAUGAAUUGACGGAGUCGGCCACGUUUGUUAAAGCCAUGUUCCUUCCUUUGCAUCUUGUCUUGUUUUUAAUGUAUAUGACCACUAUAAAUAAAUAUAUUGUUUGUUCAACA